AUGGUGCCCGAUUGGGCAUGGUCCCAUGUUACCAAGCUCACUCCUUAUGCUUCCGGCAAAGGAGCUAAGCCUUGGAAAUGUAAUUAUUGUGGUAAAAUGUAUGGUGGUCCGCCGAAAUGCAUCAAGGCGCAUCUUGCUAAAGUUUCUGGGCAUGAUAUUAAAGCAUGUAGUGCUUCAAACGUUCCUCUUCAUGGUGUUGACACCAAAGGAGAAGAGAAGACUGGUCUUUGGCUUUGGGAGCAACUUAGACCCAUCAUUUUGGAUGUUAGUGUUGAAAAUGUUGUUCAAGUCAUCAUUGAUAAUGCUUCGAAUUGUGUAUCGAUGGGGGAACAUAUGAGAGAAGAAUUCCCCUUUAUCUUACACAAUCGAUGCGUGUGCCAUGUUUUGGACUUGUUAUUGGAGGAUAUUGGGAAGUUUGAUUGGGUGUCUAAGAUCGUAAAUGACUGUGAGAAGAUCGUGAAGUUCAUAACUGAGAAGCCGAUGUUACUUGCUUUAUUUCGAAAGUUCUGCUCUAGAGAACUCAUGAAGCCUGUGAAGACUCGAUUCGUUUACAUCUUUCUUAUGGUGUUAAGUCUUGCCGAUCGUGAGGGCGCAACAACAGGAUUAAUUUAUGAAGCAAUGUAUCGUAUGAUUGAAGGAUUGGAGCUUGCAGCUCAAGAUGGCAAGCUUGAUGUGGAUAAAAUUGAUGCAAUUAAGUGUGUCUUGGUUGAAGACCAACAUAGACGGAGAGCUCGAUGGUUUAUGAUGCAUAGCUCUAUGCACAGCGCUGCACAUGCUUUGAAUCCUUCAUACCUUGCGCAAGACUUGGAUGCUGAGAGCAAAGCAAAAAGGAAAUUCCCAGUGUCUUGGUGGGAAUCUUAUGGAUAUGAGAUGCAUGAGCUCAGGAAGUUAGCACUUCGUAUGUUGAGCCAAGGAGUGUGCUCUUCUCCAUGUGAGCAAAAUUGGAGUAGUUGGAACUUGAUCCAAACCAAACGACGCAAUCACUUGCUUCUAGAGAACUUGAAGAAGUUGGUUUAUGUACACAGUAACACCAGAGUGGUGGAUCAUAUUAAAAGUGAAGGAAUGAAGUUCCUAGAGAUCAAUUUCGACACAAUUGCAAUCGAACCACAAUGGAUGAGGAUUGUAGAGAUGCAAGCUAGGCUUGAAUCUCUUGGUAUAGAAGAUUUAGCCGAUGAAGAUCUUCCAAAUGAAGAUAUGAUUGUUGAGGAAGAUGCCGGAGAUGUCGAGGGACUUGCCGAAGAUGUUAAAGAAGAUGAGUAG